AAAAAAAAAAAAAAAGGAAAAACAAAAAAAGGAAAGAAAUCGGAAGAAAAGCGAAAUGAAACAAAGGAAUUAUCCGUCUUGGUUACGUGCAUUCAUACUACUAGUGCCUCCCGAUACCGAUCACUUACUCGUCUAAUAGAUAGUAUAGUACUUGCUAACUUAUCUCUCCUUAGGAAUAAAGCCAAAAAAAAAGUCGAGUAAAAGUUAAGAAUCCACAAAUCUCAAAGAAAGAAAAGAAAGAAAAGAAAGAAAGAAAGAAAAAAAGGCAGGAGAAAAUGUCCCUAAAACAACGCCUCUCGAAUUUCAUCCGCUUUGUUCGGGAUCUAUUCAAGGACUGUGCACUUUAUCUACCAGCUAAGGAUAGUUGGAGCGAGGAGUAUAAUUUUCCGCAGGCGCCGUUGGCGGGGGCGGAUCGGAGGAAGAGGAGGUGAUUUUCUUUUCUUUUUUCUUUCUUUUUUCUUUCUUUUUCUGGUUGUUUUUCCUUUUGUUCUUUUUUUGGGGUGUUUUGGUUUGGGCUGGUUGUUACCUAGGGUGCAUGUUUGUUUUUACUUUUUGGUCGAUUAUAUGGAAUGUAAUGUGAUGUGAUUUGGGUGGGUAGGAUUGGAGUUAGGGUUUUGGUUUAUUUUCUGGAUUUAUUUAUUUAAUGGUGGGGGAUAUAUGGGCUUUUUAUUUUUAUAUGAGGCUAUAAGUAGAUGAUUGAUGUUUCUGAUUUAUUAGGAUAGUUGACUCAAAUCUGAGACAUGGUAUCGGGCUUGGUGGAUCUAAUCUAAUCUUGAUCUUAUCUUGGUGUUCUGUUUAUUGGGAGUAUCGAUUUAGGGCUGGUUUCUUGAAGUUGGGGACUGGGGUACGUGCGUUGACUGAAAGUAGGGGAUGGACCAAUCCUUAGACGUAUUUAGAUUUAGAUGUAUAGAAUCAGGUGGUGUAUUGCGAUGUCAUUCUUCGAUGGCAUCUAUAUCCAGGUCGAAUGCUCAUGAUAAGUGAAAAUCCAUUGGGUACAGG